AUGACUGCUCUUAUCACCGACCUAGACGAACAUGCCAGACGUCUUGCACGUGACAUACAACAGCACUACACCAACGCUCAAACCCGCCUUAACAACGUCCUCAAACAGACUGAUAUCCAACCCAAAGCAGCGCUCUACUCCCUCCUCCUCUUCGCCGCAUUCACAUACUUCACCAUCGCCGUCACCAACCUAAUCCGCGCCCGCAGACAAAACAAUUCACGACCCAGUACGCCCAACCUCGAAAAACGAGGCCCGUUCAAAACAGCGGAUCGCCCUCCAGGAGUAUGGCCACCCUCAGACUUCACCCGGCCUCCGGCGACCCCCUACCCAUCCUUUUCGCUCACUACCACUAAGCCCCUACCUUACCGUCCCUUCCGCCACGGCCCCAAGUACAACAUCACAAUGGGUCUUCGCAACAUGAACUGGGACGAAUGGAUAGAACUCGACAACCAGUACAUGCAGUUCCACGACCUAAAAGCAAGAAGGAUAGAAGAGCGAGGAGCGAAAUGCAUCAAAACAGCCCCAGAAGCCGUCGCUGCCGCAGUGGAACUCCUCGAGGAAUUAUCUUCCUACCUACCACAACGUUAUCCCACCGUCUUCCAGACCAUCCCCACUUCCGAGGGUAUGAAGAACGGAUUCAGGAAUUUGGCCACGGGCGAAAUCUUCGAUGUUGAAAGACUGGAGAGGAAUGGCGUGGAGGAAGAUGCGAUGGAGAUGUGUGCGAGGUUGGUUCAAGACGAUCUUGCUAUUAUGGUGGAGAGGGAAGAUGAACAGUACUACCUCCUCGCUGGCGCGAUACUCUUAGCGGGGUUUUGGAGGUUGGAGGAUAAGUUUGGUAUGCCAUUGUCUACUAUUCAUACUAGUGGGGAUGUGCCUGGGUAUGUUGUCUCCCCUCUUCUCCAUCCACCUCCAUCCUUCUCCAUCAACCCUAGCCUCCCUCAGUCGACGCACGAUUUGCUUACAAUGCUGAACAACAGUUUCAAGACCAAGCUCGAAAAACCAAUGUCCAACUUCUUCCGGCGAAUCCAACCCCAAUCCCCCGUACUACGAAACAACUACUUCAUCCAAGUCGACGACAAUCUCGCGUGGAGCUCUAGUAUAGGACCUGAAGAUACAGAGGGAGAGGGCGGGAUAGGCUGGUUUACAGCGGAGAAGAACAAGGCAGUUGAGCAUCAUUGGUUUAGGAGUGAGAGACAGAGUCUGAGGAGACUCCCCAAAUCCGGCGGCGUAGUCUUCACAAUCCGGACCUACUUCCACCCCAUCACGGAAAUCGCACAGGAGCCGUAUGUACCGGGUAGACUAGCCAGUGCGAUUCGUUCUUGGGGGGACGAUGUGAGUCGAUAG